CGCUCGCCAACGGUCGAGCCCCAAGUUCCCCAGUGGCUCCAGUUUACUUGAAAAACUCGCCGGACACGGACACGUACGCCGGAUCAGAGCGCGGAUCGAUUUAUUAGUGGGAGACGAGACUCUGGGACUCUGGACGCGCGCGAGUGUUUUGUGGGAGCCAGAGAGUGGGGAGCACUUAGACGAUGACCAAGACCACUAAGCCCAAGGAAAAGGAGAAGGGGCCGUCAACGUCGGCGCGUGCUUCCACCAAUUUGCUGGCAAAUGCGGCCAAAAUGAAGAUCACCAAAGCCCUGUCCAAUGCCAAGACGCAGCAGCAGAACAAGCAAGGACGUGCUGCUGCAUCAGCAACAAAAGAAACAAAAGAGACAACAGCAACAGGAUCAAAUGCAGCAGCAACAACAACAGCAAAUGCAGUCGAAGCGGCAGCAGCGAAAGAGACGACGAUAUCAGCUCUUGCGACCGAAACGGAGCCUACGACAGAGGCCGAGGCCGAGACAGAGACAGAGACUCGGUCCGCCGCCACCGCCGACGACAAUGAGGCAGCGCCGACGUCGGCGUCGGCCACAAAUUUAUCGUCAUUUGAGUCCGCGCGUUUGCAGGCUCACACUUCAGUUGCAUUGAAACUCACAAACGAAACGGUUACCACCAGCGACACUCUAACAGUAAAUUCCGCAGCAGAAGCCACAUCAGUUACCGCAGAGAUCGAGAGAGAUCCUAAUCGUGAAGCGGCGGCGCUCAACAACGGUACUCAAGAGAGCAACAACGCGAGUGAAAGUGUCGAUAAUAAGAUCAAAGUAAUAAACUAUGCGCAUCAACAGCACCAACAAAUCUACGAUCAGCAGCAGCAGCAACAACAACAACAACAACAACAGCAACAACAGUUCCUCAGUCAGCAAUUAAUACAAGAACAACAGCACCAACAGGAGCAACGCUGGUUGGCCUACGAUUUGACAAGCGGAUCCGCAGCAGCUGUGCCAGCAGUCCAAGCAGUGGAGCAAAAGCCAACCGAUUUGUAUGCGUUGGCAGCCUCGCAUCAUUUCUUCGGACAUCUGAGCUAUCCGCCACCGCAUCCACCCGCACAGCUGUACGAACACUACCAGAGCAUCACCGGCGCAAGCACGGACCCAUCCAUAAUGAGGAAUAACUUUGCGCUGUACAGCGUUUAUGGUGGGGGAGGAGGAGGAUCGGCGGGAGGAGUUGGAGCAGGAGGAAUGAUCACCCACGAUCAUGUGGUGGCAGCCGCCGCAGCGGCAGCGAAUGCCCAGAAUACACCCAACAUUGACGAGGUCAUCCAGGACACACUGAAGGAUGAGUGCUUCGAUGAUGGGCACAGCGCCAGCUACCACAUGCUUACCUCCGUCUCAGAUUUGCAUUCCCUGAAGGAUCCCAGUCCCACCAUUUACUCACUGACGCACCAGCAACAGCAACAGCAGCAACAAUUGCAACAACAAUUGUACCACCACCAACAACAGCACCACCAUCACAAUAUUUCCGCCAGUUCGGCAGGAGGGGACUCCCCCUCGUCCUCCUCGCAUGCAUUGUCCUCGCUCCAGAGCUUCACGCAGCUGACAAGCGCCGGCCACCGGGACAGCCUCUCGCCGGAACAGCAUGGGGGAUACUUCAGUCCCAGCCUGCAGACAACCAGUUCCGUGUAUGCUGGACCCCUGCUUACCCAAGCGGCAAAUGGCAUGCAGUACGGAAUGCAGUCUCCAAGCCACGCCCAUGCGCAUCUGCAGCAGCAGCAGCAGCAGCAGCAGCAUCCCCAUCAGCAGCAGCAACCUUCCCACCAGCAGCAGCACAAUCCUCAACAGCAACAGCAGCAGCAGCAGCAGCUCCAUCAGCAUCACAAUUCUGGCAGCAGCAGCCCAGGACCAGUGGGCCUGGCCACUGGAACGACUGUCAAUGGAAGUGGGCUCCUGGACGAUGGCUAUGGCUCGCCAAAGAGCAGCCACAGCGGCGGCGGAGGAGGAGGUGGAAGCGUCGGCGGUGGCACAUUGCCCGCCUUCCAGCGCAUUGCAUCGGCGAGCAGCGGCUGGGCAGCAGCUGGGAGUCUGCGUGCAGCAGGAGCGCGUGAUGUUGCUGCCGCAACUGGUUGCUGUGCGUCGUCUGUCGGCUCCAAUGGCUCCUCGGUAGUCAGUGGAGCCGAACGAUCCGCUGGCUACGCAUCGCUGGUCAAUUAUCGCACUCAGAACGAUGCCUGGCCGGGUCAUUACGAGCCAAUCAGUUACGCAUCAGCCACCGCAUCCGGUGUCCAGACGCAGCUCGGCAGCGGCCUUGGUGGGGCCGGCGUGGUCACGAAUGUGAUUCGCAACGGCCGAGAGAUCUUUGCGGCAAAUGCAGCAGCAGCAGCGGCCGUAGAUGGCGCCGCAGGACGAGUGGAUCCAGGAUCCUAUUUAACAGCAUCAGCCUCGCUGUCAGCACUGGCCGCUGAAUCAGGCGGGGAUUUCUAUAAGAGCUACCAAUUUAAUGUGAACGCCAGCCGUAGUAAGGCCAACACUCCAACAGCCAUUGCUACUGCUGUUGCAACUGCGGGUGGUGCAACGGCAAACCCGGCAGCGACAGCUUCGACGGCAGCGGCAAAUGCAACAGCGGCGCUUGAAGAGCAUGUUAGUCGCGCCAAUUCGAGACGCUUGAGUGCCUCGAAGCGCGCUGGUCUGUCGUGCAGCAAUUGCCUAACCACCUAUACAUCUUUGUGGCGCCGCAAUCCUGCCGGAGAGCCUGUGUGCAAUGCCUGUGGGUUGUACUUUAAGUUGCACAGCGUCACACGUCCCUUGGCCAUGAAAAAGGAUACCAUUCAGAAACGAAAGCGCAAACCCAAGGGAACAAAGAGUGAAAAGUCCAAGAAAAUGAAAAUGGCACUAAAUGCCAAUCUAGAGGGAGGUGCAGGCAGUGGUGCCGGCUCAGCUGGCUCUGGUUCCCAUAAUGUGGGUGGCAUGGGCUUAGAUGUGAAUGAAGAUAUGAAACCAUACAUGCCAUACACCACAACCACAUCGCAACAGCAGCAGCAGCAAUCACAGCAGCAGCAUCAACAGCAGCAUCAUCAGCAGCAACUCAUUGCUGAUCAACAGCAGCAUUCAUCGGCUGCCAGUUCGCCCCAUAGCAUGGCCUCCUCCUCAUUGUCCCCCUCAGCCACAUCACAUUCGCAGUCGCAUUCGCAUUCGCAUUUGCAUCAUCAACAGCAGCAGCAGCAGCAGCAGCAGCAGCAGCAACAUCAGCUGUGCUCUGGCCUGGACAUGUCGCCCACGUCGCCCUAUCAAAUGUCACCCAUCAAUAUGCAGCAGCAGCAACAUUCAUCCCAUCAGCAGCAACAGCAAUCCUGCAGCAUGCAGCAGCAUUCGCCCAGCACACCCACCUCAAGCACUGCCUCCAUUUACAACACACCAUCACCCACCCAUCAACAUCAUCAACAUAAUAUCCACAAUAACAACAACAAUAGCACAUUGUUCAACAACAACAACAAAAACAACAAUAGUAGCAAUGAGAAUAACACGAAAAUUAUACAGAAAUAUCUGCAAUCUCAACCAUUGAACGGGAGCAACAACAGCAACAGCAACAGCAACAGCGGAAGCACGGAUCUAUUGGCGCACCUAAUGCCGAACUCCAUUACGGCGGCAGCACUAGCAGCAGCAGCAGCAGCACAGACAACGAUCAAGCCAGAAGUCACAUCGUCAGCCACGGCCACAAUCACGGCAUCAACACCGACCACGGCAUCGAGCACAUUAUCCUCACUGAGCCUCAGCAACAGCAACAGCAACAGCAACAUUAUCAGUCUGCAAAAUCCCUAUCAACAGCUGGGGCUUGGACAGCAGGCGAUGGCAUUGUCUAAGCAGGGCGGACGCUGUGCUUCCCCGCCCUACUAUCUCACGGAGGAGGAGCAGCACAUAAAACUCGAGCAGAUGGAACAUCAGCAUCAUCAGGAGCAGCACCACUCGCACACCCAUCAGCAGCAUCAUCAUCAGGGAGAGCUAAUGCUCAGCCGAUCGGGCUCGCUGGACGAGCACUACGAACUGGCGGCCUUCCAGCGGCAGCAACAGGAGCUCCAUCUCCAGCAGAGUUUGCUCCACGAGCAGCAGGUGGCUGUGGCCAGUUAUGCCAUGCAGGCCAAGCAGCUGCAGGAGCUGGAGCGUAAGUACGGUGUGGAUCGGGAGACUGUCGUGAAGAUGGAGUAGACGUUGUUCAUCGUCUGAAAAAUGUUGCACUAUAGCAUGACCAAAGAUCCUGUUGUUAAAUCUCAUAGCUCCAAAGAAUUUAUAGCGUGUAUACCCAAGAGCAGUUCUCCAAGAACCCUCCUCUAUCCUCUAUCCUCUAUUCUCUCUUCUCUGUCUUACACUAUCACAUUAUAUAUUCUGUAAAUACGAUUUAAGCAAAUUGAUUCCAUUCGGCGACUCUGUAUCGCGCACUACUCGAAUUUUUCUUCAUUUAAGACUCUAGUUUAAUUCCUAGCAAAAUGCUAUAUUAUCGAUUGCGGAUCCUAGCUAAUCGCCAGCCAAAGACUCUUUGGUUUGUGGCAUCCAUUUUAUUUUUUUCUAUUUGUUUUCAAAUCGAAUGAAUGAAGAAUACUUUUGAGAUUUCUCCUAAAAUCAAAUUCCACUUAGAUAUAAGAUUCUUAGGUCCUAACUCUAGUUGCACCACGUUUCGCUACAAUGACAAAAAGAAUAACAAACGAAACAAGCAACAAUCUCAUGCAAUUUAUAGUUAAUAAUUUAAAUACAUAUAUUUUAUGCCACUAUACAUGUAGAAAUAUUUAAAGCAAUUUAAGUUUUAGUCUCGUAUCACAACACACCACACACACACACACACAUUUUUACAUAAUUUUGCAAUAUUAAUUUUAUUACUUUUUGAACAAAUAAACGACAAUUGUCUAUUAAUUUGAACAAAUAUUAAACGGGGUUUAAACGCCUCCAUGGCGUGUGCUUGA